UGGAGACAACUAUUGGUGGGGACCAGUCUUUACUACCAGAGAUGGUUCGACGUCAGAAUAAUGUUAUUACAGCAGUCACAGUUGGUUUAAAUAUUCCCUAAUUUGAUAAUGAUAUCUUGAUAAUCUCUUAGUUGGUCAAUGAAAACUCUUUAUUAGUUUAUAAAUUUACAUUUAUUCUUACGUUUCCAAACUGAAAAUUACGUCUUUAAGUGUAAAAUGGAGUAACGGCAAACAUUUGUAAUGUUUCGUGCACGUAUAACUCGGCAUUCAAAUUUUAGGGUGUCACGAUAUAUCAAAACUUGGAUCACUAAAGAGUAACGAAAUUCUCGUCUGAGUGACUGCCAUGAGGUUGGUGAUUCUGGACGACGCCAAGACGGUGGCCGAGUGGUCGGCCAAGUACGUCCUGAAGAGGAUCAAUGACUUCAAACCCGGACCCGACAAGUACUUCGUUAUGGGACUGCCGACAGGCAGCACACCGUACGGAAUGUACCAGAAACUAAUUGAGUUCCAUAAAGCUGGAAAGUUGUCAUUCAAGUAUGUGAAAACUUUCAACAUGGACGAGUAUGUCGGGCUGUCGCGAGACCACCCGGAGAGCUACCACUACUACAUGUACAACAACUUCUUCAAACACAUCGACAUUCAGCCGGAGAACGCCAACCUGCUGAACGGCAACGCGCCUGAUCUGGAGGGGGAGUGCGACGACUUCGAGCGGAAGAUCAAGGCGGCGGGCGGCAUCCACUUGUUCGUCGGGGGUAUUGGUCCAGACGGCCAUAUUGCUUUCAACGAGCCUGGGUCCUCGCUGGCUUCGAGAACCAGGGUGAAGACGCUGGCCCACGACACCCUGGAGGCGAACGCAAGGUUUUUCGGUAACGACAUCACCAAAGUCCCCAAGCAAGCCCUCACCGUUGGAGUAGCCACCGUUAUGGACGCAGAAGAGGUGAUGAUCCUGAUCACGGGCGCGCACAAGGCGUUCGCCCUGUACAAGGCGAUCGAGGAGGGGGUGAACCACAUGUGGACGGUGUCUGCCUUCCAGCAGCACCCGCACACCAUCAUGAUCUGCGACGAGGACGCCACCCUCGAGCUGCGGGUCAAGACCGUCAAGUACUUCAAGAGUCUAUGGAGCGUCCAUAGCCAGUUGGUGGAGUCUAAAGGAUCUGGCUUCUAGCUCCCGCGGAUGAAGUCGGCACCAAUUGUGAGAGGCGUUGGACCCGGAUGUGCCGAGAGACGAGCAACAAGACGGGAACAUGGCUGUGAUUGGCCGUUGCUGUGCAUUUGUGCCGUGUGGAUCGAAAAACGUUGUCUUGACCUGCCAGUUUUCACGUCUGACUUUGCCGCGCUGAGUUUUUUUUUUUUUUCCCACGGACUUCGAAUUUCAGCCUUUCGACGUAAAUUUUAAAUUUUUGUGGCGUAGUUAGAAAUAAGUGUUGUCAAGAUUUUUAUUUUGUGAAACAAAUACUUUUGAAGUAAAGAUAUUCUAUAAGUGAUUUUAAAAUGGCCUUAAUAUUUAAUCAUAUUUUUUUAUUGCUUUUUAAAAAGUUUUUAUGAAUGGUGUUAAAUCAGUUUGCCUAGUGUGUGUUUUCAUAAUAAAAAUUAUAAUCAAGAAAUAGUAAUUUUUGGGUGUUAGAUUUGGUCUAAAAAUUAUUAUUAAAUAAUUACCUAAUUCUUAUAAGUAAGUUUAUAAAUGGAGGAUGGAUAAUUUCUAUGGUUAUUGCUUUUAUAAAAAUAUUUAUUAAUUGUUUGCUACUGAUGGUGAAGAGAAACAAUAACAGCUGUAUUAUGUAUGCUGAUAUUUGUGUGGGUUCAGUAAUAUUAUACUUGCAAAUGUUGAAUUUAUAUAAAUCAAUUAGUAUAAUUUUUUAUAUGUAAAGUGAGUUACUGUGGCAACACAGUACUUUCAAUUGAGUUCAGAGUACUGAAUAAAAGGUCUUUGACAGUA